UGGACAGGAAACCACCCCACAGCUCUAAAGGAUGAAGGAUAUAGAGAACUUCAGCUGGACGCUCUGUUUUUCAUUUUCAUAUUUCGGAUUUGUUUUUAUUUAAAGAUGUUCUUCACUAACUGUACUGAUUGUGACCAUCAGAAGAAGAAGAACGUGAGGUGGAAUAUUGAGUGAAGGCCAGGACGUCUAGAGGAGACAGAUAUGUGGAGACUGCUUUUGAUACUCUUGUGCACUUUUGUGCUAACAGACUCAAGCCAUGUUCAACACAGACAAAACCGUAGCAUAGUAACAAAGGGUUGCUUAGGUCCAAGAACAUUUCAUGGAAAAAAAGCUAAAUCCAUAAAUGAAACCCUGCAUCAACCACAGCUUCAGAACAUCUCCAACAAUCAUGUGAACUUCACAGAUGGAUUCGUCAGCACCAGGAUCAUUCCAGUAGCUUAUAUCAUUGCUAUUGUUAUCGGAAUUCCUUCCAACAUCCUGGUACUGGCUUUUCUCUGUCGGAAGACUGGAAGUUUGUCUAGCGCAAUCCUCUACUUGAGCCUAGCAGUUUCAGACCUCUUCCUCCUCAUCUCUCUCAUGCUUAAAGUCCACUACCAUCUGAAUGGCAGUAACUGGGUGUUCGGAGAGCUCGCGUGUAAACUUGUGACAGCCUGCUUUUAUGGGAACAUGUACUGCUGUAUAUAUACCCACAUGUGUGUUAGCGUGUUGCGGUAUUUAGCUGUGGUACAUCCGUUCCUGUACAGAGGACUCUCUAAAAGAUCUUGCACAACCUGGGCAAGUCUGACCGUGUGGAUUGUUUUUGCUCUGGCCAUGGCUCCUGAAUUCCUCACUCAUCAAAGCUACUACCUCAACCAGGUUGGGAUCGUCACAUGUCAUGACAUUCUGCCUUACGAGGAGAAACUCUACAGCUUACUGAUUCCUUAUAGAUUAUGCCUCAUUUUUCUAGGCUUCAUAUUUCCUUUCGCAGUCAUCAUAUUUGCCUAUGGAUCUAUUGUAUAUCACCUACGCAGGUCCAGCUGUGAUUUUACAUAUUACAUUAAGGCAAUCACACUUGUAUUUGUGAUCUUUGUGGUGUGUUUCACUCCAAGUAACACAAUCCACUGGAUACAUUAUGUGAGACUGUAUACAAACAAGCAAGAUGACUUCUAUAAUUACUUCAGUGUAGCUGUGUGUGUCUGCUGUUUUCACAGCUGCCUGGACCCCUUCCUCUUUUACUUUAUAACAAAGAGUACCAAAUCCAGAGGGAAUUUUAUCUCCCUUGAAGGAGUAUAUCUGAGGAGUUCAGUGACCACACACUAACCUUGCUACCCCUAAAGUUAUAACUAUUGCCCAAGUUAUAUACAAACAUUAUGGUAAAUUCACAAUCCUACUUUAGGGCAUGAAUGUAACGUGUAUAUAGUACAAUUUAUGCCUGGGCUUCAUAACAAAAAUGACCUAAGCUUCUAAAGCAGAAUUUAUGAUGUUUUAAGAAAUAAAUUUUUUAAUUGUCACUUUAAUCAACUGUAUCCACAAUUAGGUUAUAAUAUGUUACACUGAUUAAAGCAAUUUUUUUUAACUUACCCGAUAUAAAAAUAUAUUUUCUAGAGGAUAUAUUUCUUAUAUAUUUGGCACAGGAAGAGAGUAAUCCCUUUGGAAAAAAAAAAAAAAACUCUUCCGCUUUUGUUGCUUUUCUAAAAAUAUCCUGCUGUUUGUAAAGGCUUUUUUCCGGUUCAAGGAAAAGUUGGAUGAUGUAUUUCUUUGUGUGCUACAUGUGUGCUAAAUCUCAAUCUCUACAACAUUUCUUUAACAUUUUUGUGCACUGGACCCUACUGGACAUAUAAAUGUUUUAUCUAAAAGGAGCAGAAUUGUGAAGAACAUUGCUAUAUUCAAUUCCUGGCCAUUGAGUUUGAAACUUGCGUCAUCAGAGAUUGAAAGCUAAAACAAACUUGAAUAUCUUGUACUUGAAUACCAUUGGUUACACUGGAUACAAAUUCUUUCUUUAGCAACAUCACACAAUACAAAUAAGUCGAUACCUUGCAA